AUGAAGAGUUUAUAUUUGUUAUGUUUUUCUUUAGUGGCGUCUUUAGUACUAUCAAAUUCAGUUGUUUUAGAGUUUAAACACAAGAUUAUUAUAUCUUUAAUAAUAUCAUUUUUUAAUUUCUUUGUAUUAAAAAAUGUUAUACAGAGAAUAACAUUUUCAAUUAAAAAAGAUGUUUUUACAAUAAUAAUUAAUUCUGCUAUUAUUUUUUACUAUGUCGUAAUCAUAUUUUGCCAAUUUUUUUCAACAAAUGAAAUUAAAUAUAUCAUUAAAUUGCUCAAUAAAAAUAUAGUUUUUCAUACAGUUGAAAAAUCUUAUAUGGAUAAUUGUAAUUCUCUAAAUAACAUUACAGAUAAAUUGGAUAUAUUUGUAAUAGCUCAUUUGCUUGGUUGGUUCAUUAAAGGAUUUGCUAUGAGAAAUUUUUUUCUUCUAAACUUGAAUAGUGUAUUAUUUGAAUUGCUAGAAUUAAAAUUUCAACAUUUACUUCCGAAUUUUUAUGAGUGUUGGUGGGAUCAUGUAAUAUUAGAUGUAUUGGGUUGUAAUUUAAUAGGAAUUGUGUCAAGUAUAUUGAUUAUGAGAUAUUUUAACAUACCAUUAUAUGACUGGAAAAUUCCUGAUAAAAUCAAACUAAAAAAAAAAAAUUUAAUAUUCCCAGCAUUAGAUAGAAUAUGUCGAAAAAUGUUUAAAAAUAGCGCUUCUUUGCUUUUAUUAAUUUUUUAUUCUGUAAUGGUUAAUAUUAUUGAUUUAAAUAUAUUCUUUUUAAAGGCUGAAUUGAAUUUACAUCCUACUAAUUAUAUGAUAUUUUUUAGAACAGCUUUAGUUGUUUUAAUUUCUGUUAAAGCAUCUGUUGAGCUACAUAAUUGCAUAUCAAAGGAGGUGAAUACUGAAGGAGUUUUUUACGUUUUCAUUGUUGCGACAAUUUUUUUAUUGGAGUUGCUUUUAUGUGUAAAAUGGAAGCAUAAUUUGAUAUCAGACAACUCAGAUUUGGCAAUUAUUAAUGCAACGUGGUUAUUUAUUACAUCUACCUUUUCUUCAGUACUCCUUUUUCUUUAUGCUAAUGAAUAUUUGAUAUAA